GUAGUAUUAAAUACACCCUCUAAGUUACAACUUUGAGUUACAUUUCUCGGUAAAUGUCACGUGACACUGUAAUAACAAACCUACCUACCUGCAAGUAUAUUAUCUAAUUACGCAUAAUCGCUAAUCUAAUAUUAUCACAGACACAGAGAUGUGUACACUGGAGAAACGUGGUCAACUUUUCUUGCUGACACUCACCGGCGACGGCGAACACCGUCUCAACCCCACCUUACUCGACAGCAUCCGCUCCGCCAUCUCACGAAUCCGCUCCGAUCCAUCAUCUCCACAAUCAGUCCUCAUCACAACCUCGCACGGAAAAUUCUUCUCCAACGGCUACGAUCUCGCCUUGGCCGAAUCCGAUCCUUCCCUCCGCGUCGCCAUGGACUCCAAACUCCGAUCCCUCGUCGCCGAUCUCAUCUCCCUCCCCAUGCCGACCAUCGCCGCCGUGACCGGCCACGCCUCCGCCGCGGGAUUCGUUCUCGCGAUGAGCCACGACUACGUGCUGAUGCGCCGCGACAGAGGGUUCCUGUACAUGAGCGAGAUGGACAUCGGGCUUGUGAUCCCUGCGUGGUUUGUGGCGGUGGUGCGGGCGAAGAUCGGUUCUCCGGCGGCGAGGAGGGAUGUGGUGUUGACGGCGGAGAAAGUUACGGCGGAGAGGGGUUUGGAGAUGGGGAUCGUGGAUUCUAGUUAUGGCAGUGCGGCGGAGACGGUUGAAGGCGCCGUUAAGUUGGGAGAGGAGAUAGUUAGACGGGGUGUUGAUGGACACGUGUACGGUAGGAUGAGGGAAACUCUUUUGAAACAGGUUCUCCACGCGAUUGGUUCAAAUGAGAGCGGUUCCGACAGAAUCCAAAACAGUGGAUCUAAACCGUAGGUUGUUCAACCACGAAUACAAUUUGUCAGAGUUAAUAAAAUUAAAAUUAAAAUAUUAUAAAUAGAGGUCAAGUGAAAUUUGCUAGAUUUGCUUUUUUACACAUUGUAGGCUUGUAAUAUUAAAAAUGAAAUAAUGUAAUAAACGAAAUUUAUGUUAAUUAGAUUUUAGGCAACCAUGUA